AUGAAUCCAUCCAGAUCAUUUGCCACUAAUAAUGCAGCUACGAGGAGAGGUCCCGCAAAAUUUGUCAAAUCAGCACUCAUAGUUGCUGGUACAUCAGUGGCAGUCUAUUUGAUAGAUGAAUAUUAUUACCUGUCUUUGUUACAGAGAUCUGCUCGAGCGGUUUAUGUGCUUUUGUGGGUAGCUUAUCAAUAUGGUGUUAAUGUUAAGAACUACGACAAUAUAGAAGACCUUCACGAGGAGGCAUCAGAACGUCUUCUACAGAUGCUUUCUACAAAUAAGGGACUUUACAUAAAGUUGGGACAAGCAAUCGCAAAUAAUGGAACAGUGUUUCCCAUAGCAUUCCAGAAAAGAUUUGUAAAUCUAUACGAUGCUGCCCCAGUGGACCCUUGGGCACAGAUAGACAAGAUAUUGAAAAAGCAGCUUGGAGAGAACUACGAGACCAACGUAUUUGAGAAUAUUGACCACACACCAAUAGCUUCAGCCUCCAUCGCACAAGUGCAUAAGGCAAGGUUGAGAAAGGAACAGCAGGAUGUAGCUGUGAAAGUGCAACAUCCAUAUAUCGCAAAGCAAAUUAAUGUCGACUUGGCCGUGUACGAAGGAAUGUCGUGGGUGUAUUCCAAGUUAUUUGACCUUCCUUUAACGUUCUUCACUAGCUAUGUAUCUGAUCAGCUUAUCAAAGAAGCAGAUUUUCGCCAUGAGUCGGCCAAUGCCGCUAAACUCGCUGGCUUCAUUGAAAAAGACAAAGCUAUGCAGCAUUUGAACAUCUACAUUCCGAAAAAUUUCGAUGACUACACUGGUGAUAGAGUUCUCAUUACUGAGUGGAUAGAUGGUGUAUCGCUUGCUGACAAACAGAAGUUGAUAGACGCAAAAUUAGACAUCACGACUAUGAUGACACAAUAUGUCAAUGCGUUUGGUAGGCAAGUCUUCAACUACGGCUUCUGCCAUUCUGAUCCACAUCCGGGCAACUUAUUGGCAAGGAUGCAUAAUGGAAAACAACAACUAGUCAUACUAGACCAUGGCUUAUAUGUCGCGUUGCCAGAGAAGUUUAGAAAGGAGUACUGUCUCAUCUGGGAGAGUUUGUUUCAGUAUGACAGGAAGACAAUACAAAACAUUGCCGAGUCUUGGGGUAUUGGAAACGCUGACAUAUUGACGACCUUGGUUCAGAUGAAGCCUCCCUCUCAAGAUUUAUUGACACAAAACAUGAGCUCAUAUGAUCUUAUCAAAAGUUUCUUAGGAGACGAAACGAAAUUUCCCUUGCAGAUGCUUUUUCUACUGAGGUCAAUGAGAAUGAUGCAAAAUUUGAAUAUGACAAUGGGUAGUCCGGUGAAUCGUAUCAACAUGUUUACAAACUGCGCCCUACAAACUCUCAUUAAGGAACGAGACUUUUCCAUAUCGAAUCUUGGCCCUUGGCUUCUGCUAGUAAAGGUGAAAAUAUCCCUAUUCUUCAGCGAGGUGGUCUUUUGGUUUUUUAGAAUUCGGCAGAUCAUCACUGGGGAUCGAUAUGGAGGUAAAGGAGAGGGUAUCGAGGACUACAUCGACAAGUAUAUGAGGGAUACCGCCAGACAAAUGGGUAUAGAUAUUGCAGAGGUCUAA